CUUGCCUAGAUCUUUGAUAUGUUUAGUGUUGUUACCUUGUUCUGUUUUCCAUUGAUUCUACCAUAUUGGUUGCUAUGGGCCAUCGACCUAUGUAAUAUUCACUAAUCAGUCGUCGCAUCUUUAAAGGAACUACGUAUGCCUAUAGUCGAACAGCUUUAUGCAUAUGUGUUACUUAAAUGUGUUUUCUAUGUAUCUUGUGCUAAUACUGCGAUGUCUUCCCCUUUAUGCAGACUAGGCAUUCUGUCAUAUCAGUCCAUAUGCUGUCGUUCAUUUUCAUAUUGGCCGCCACCAUCAUCUAAGCGCUCCCGUAUUAUUGAGCUACCUUCUGGUAAGAAGUUCUUUGUUUUCCGUGGUAAGCGUGACGCUGACGGUAAAUUGGAGCCUGUUGUUUGUUUCAUUGAUCGUAACGGAGAUCGCCUUACAUGGUUUAACACUGAGGAGGUCCAUCAGCUAGAGCAAUUGACACCGCGACUAUUGGAGUAUAUGCAACUGUGGGAAGCAAAGCGUCAACAUUUAGAUUAACUACUAUUACAGCAUUACGAUAAGUCACUCUCGUGUGUAAUGCGAAUGCACAUUAGUUUAU